AUGCCAACAAAUUUUGAGCAGCAAGGCAAUACAUACUCAGCUGCUUACAAGCAUCACAACACCGUCAUUGCGGCUGUUGGAAUAUCCUGCCCGGGGGCUGUGAUUUAUGUAAGCCCUGUCUUUGAAGGCAACAUGAGUGACAAAAGAAUUAUCUUAGAAAGCGGACUGUUGGAGCGUCUCAGUGAGGGAGAUGCAGUUAUGACCGAUAGAGGAUUUGAUAUUGAAGGGGAACUUUUAGACAUUGGAGUUACCCUGUACAAGCCACCAACUCUAGGAGACCGCAACAAAUUGACAAGUGAAGAAGAAAUUUUGACUGAAGCAAUCGCAUCUGCUACAAUUUAUGUAGAGCAUGUGAUAGCAGACAUCAAGGACAAUAGAUUGUUGCAGGGAAUUAUACCAAUAUUGUUGAUCCCAGUGAUUUCUGAUUUAAUUUACAUAGCAGCCUAUCUCUGCAACUUCAAAGAAUCUAGGAUACGUCAAUAUAAAAACAAGAAUGGGCAAGGUAAUAGAUAG